UACAUCCAAAUGUGAGGUACCCAGUUGCUGCUGAAAUUUAACCGAAAGUUACAGCACAAAAACCAGUCACUUUAGCCCAAAACCAAGCUUUGGAAUCUUCAGUUUUCCUAUUCAUCAGUUUAACUUUCCUUGCAAACAACUAAAACUCCAAAAAAAAAAAAAACUAGAAUUCUUCCAAAUCAUUCAAAACAACCACAUUUAAUUCAUAUCUUCCUUGAUUUUUCAAAUCUGAAUUUGUUCAUUCAAGUUUUUUCAGGGAAGUGACCCAAAAAAAAAAAAAGAAAACUCACAAACUAGCUUGAAGUUCUUGCAGAGUCUGAUACUCAUCUGCAAUCUAUGAACGGGUCAAUGGCAGUUAAAUCAUCUUCUUCUCAGAAUCUGGAUAGCAGAAACAAAGGAGGGGCAGAACCAAAGAAGAAACUGAAGAAGCUUACAUCAAUCAAGCUGUCCAAAGUCCCCAGCUUAAAGCCACCCAGAAGGCGAGGAAAGUCCCGGUUCGAUUCCCUUCCGAUCAUGAUGUCCGGUGAGGAUCAAAGCCUGCAAGAGCCAAGUGUCAUUGAUUAUUCUGAUGCAAAAAAGAAAAAUUCUCGGGGACGAAGUGAAUCAGAUGAAAAUUCUGUCAGUUCAUCCAGUUAUGGAUCAACAGAAAGCACACCAUCUUCUAAUGGAAGGAAUUAUUUGAAGCCAACGAGCUGUUCGGGUGGGAGGAAAUAUUUUCAGGCAAGUCCUCAUAAUUCUGAAUCUAAUUUUGACAGCUGUGAUCAAAGUAAGACUAGUUCUGUGCAAACUUUAAAAAAGACAUCUGGUCUGAGAAAUGGUAAAACUUUGAAAAAGAAGACUAGUUUCAAAUCGAAGAGGCUUUCGAUAAAUAAAUUCUCCCAAGUUUCUCAAGACCCGAACGUGGAUAGAGCUACUUGUUCUUCCACCCUCAAAGUUUUAAAGAUUCCUGAACCUGUUGAUCUUUUUCCUGGAGAAAGUGAUUCUGAAAGAAUUUCAGUCAUGAAAAUUUGCUCAUACCACCACUGCUCUCUUCAUGGACAUUGCCACUCCUUUGAGCCCCUACCAAAGGCCUGCGUAUCCGAAAGGAGGAGUUCAUUGAAGACACCGAAGAUUAUGAAUUCAAAAAAUCAGUGGGUGGUGGCAACAAAACAUUCCGGUGAUAAAAAGAAAGAAAUUCAAACAAGCCAAAGGGUCUUUAGUGUAGAACCUGCCGUUGGAGAGGGAUCAAGUCCAAGAACAGCUUUCUCUCCUGCAGAAAUUAACAAAUGCAGGGAUUUUUGUGCAGAGAAGGUUGGGGAAGUUGCUGAAUCCGACGUAGGUAAUGAGGAUAACAAUGACAGAUUGAUUGGUGAAACUGCAGCUUUUCCCCAUUUCUGUACACCGGCAUUGUCCUUGAAGCCAGAUGACCCACUCCACCCCUCUGAUGAGGAAAUUCCAAAUGUGAACUCAGGAUUGUGCAAAGAUGAACCAUCCAAUAUAGAGAAAAGAUCAAUUCCAGAUGUCUUUGGGCAAGCAACGGAAGAUAAUGAGGGACUCAGCGCAGUAAGGGAAAAAACGAAUGGAAAUUCUAAUCAAAAGGAAGGAUCAAUCGAACUGUUUACCCCAGUUAGAAGUUCUGAAGCCAAUGCCACCGUUCGUGAAGCAUCCAAAAAACAAUUCCGCAAAGAAAAGAAUUUCAGCAUGUGGCACCUGAUACAUCAGCAUAUGGUAUCAGAUCUCUCUGUAGAAGCAGGUGCACAGUCACCUCAAGGGGCAGACAAGAAAGAGCAAGUGGACGAUGCCAAUUCAUCACCCGCACAAACUCCCUGCUUGUCUCCAGGUUUCUCCCAUUCAGAUAUGGGUAUGGAGAAAACAGAUAGGGCCAAUCAAGAGAUUGAAAUCCGCAAGAUGUUUGCCAUCAAGCUGGUACGAGAAGCAAUUGAGAAAAUUCUUCUUCCCGAAGUUCAAGACCAGUCGUCUGAUGAUCAAUCCACUACAAGCGAUGCUGUGUCAGAGCAUGACUCCUUAGAAAACAAUCAAGGUGAAGGUUCCACCAAAGAAAGCUUCAGAGAGAAUGAAAUUGACAACAAUGAAGUGGAAGGUGAUAUAUCAGCUGAUCCAAAAGAGGAAAGUCUCACAGCUGAUAAUAUCAGGAGCCAAGAUGAACAGAAACAAGCAACAAAAGUGGGUAAUAAAUCAGACAAGCAAACACCGAAGAGCUGGAGUAACCUUAAGAAAUGGAUCCUCCUGAAGAGAUUCGUCAAGGAAUUGGAGAAAGUGAAGAAAUUCAACCCAAGAAAGCCACGACAUCUGCCCUUGGAUCCUGACGCAGAAGCAGAAGAAAUUCGUCUAAGCCAUCAAACAACAGAGGACAGGAAAAAUGCGGAGCAGUGGAUGCUUGAUUAUGCACUUCGACAGGCAAUUAAUCAACUUGCUCCUACUCAGAAAAGAAAGGUGGCGCUGCUAGUAAGAGCUUUUGAAACAGUAGUUCCACCCCAGGAAGAGCAGCAUAUUCAGAUCACAAUUCCUAAGCUUAAAAGCAAUAGUCAAGACAGUUGUUGCACUCAAAGAGGAAUGGAUGAACCCGUUUCUGAAGCAACUGGUGCAGACCAGAAGGCUGAGGAAAUGGUUGCAUCCAAUCCUGGUGACAAGCUCUGCUUGAAGCCAAAUGAACUCGUCAACUACUUCUCUAAGGAAGUACCUGCAGAUGAAAAUGCUAGGCAAGAAGUCCGUGAAGAUAAAAGUUCAAGUCUGCUCUCUGAACUCCUCAACAAGAAUUCUGAAUCAAGUGGGAAAAAUGAGAAGCUGGAUGGUUUAAGAGGUGAAAAUCCUAAACCAUCUGAAACUAAUGAAAAACUCAUCGCAGCUGCAAGCAUUGUUUCUUCAGCUUCAAAUUGUGACACACUGGAUCAACCAACAGCAGCCAGGGAAGAGAAGAACAGAGAAGCUGAACCAGAACAUGUAUUCCUUCAAGAGUUCUCUGAAAAAACAAUUUCUAGUCCAGAAUCUGAACUUCUUAACGGUUGUUCUGAACCAAGUGAGAAAUAUGUGGCGCUUGAUGGUUUAGGUGCUGUAACCAGUAAGCCAUCUUAUAUAACUAAAAUCUCAACCCCAGACGCCGUUGGAGAUUCAACAAUAAAUGAGAGCACUGUUUCUUCAUAUUUAGAAAGGGAUACAAAGGAGCAACAAUCUACAGCCAGGGAAGAGAACAGAGAAUCUGAGCAAAAACAUUUUGUUCAAAAGUCUCGUCCUCUGAUAGGUUCUCAAGCUGAUUCCGCAACACAGUCCGACAAACAGAACCAUAUUAGAAUGUGGCAUAUGAUAUACCAGCAUGUGGUGUCAGGUAUUGCUGAAAAAGUUGGAACUCAGCUACUUCUCGACGGAUCAGAUGAAGAGGUAGAAGAUUCCAACACAUCACCUGUGAUACAAAAUUCUGGGUCUAGUCAUGAUUUCUCUACAAUAGAUCAUGACACAGGCAAGGAAAAUCUUGAUGCAAACCAUCAAAGGAUUGAAUUCAGCCGGAGUGAUGCUGUCAAACUCGUACAAGAAGCAGUUGAUGAAAUCCUUCUUCCAGAUACUGAAGAUGAUUCAUCUGAUGCUCAAUCAACUGCAAGUGACAUAAUUCCUGAACAGGAGCUCUUAGAAAAUAACCGUGGUGAUGGUGGGGUACAAAACUUCACAACAUCCACCUGUUGUCCCAACUGUGGUUACAGGAAAAAUGACAUGGUAGCAGUGCAAGGUGGAGUCUUAAUAGAUCAAGAAGAAAAAAGGCCCCCACCUAAUGAAGAACUGAAAGCGGUGCCAAUGGUCAAAAACAAACCACAUCAGCAGAAGUCCAAGAACUGGAGCAAGCUGAAAAAGUUAAUCCUCCUCAAGCGAUCCAUCAAGGCAUUGGAAACAGUUCGAAAAUCGAACUCAAAGCCACCACAACUUCUGCCUUUGACAUCUGCCUCAGAAGAAGAAGAAAAAGUUGACUUGAGGCAUCAAAUGGUGGAUGAGAGGAAAAAGGCAGAGCAAUGGAUGCUCGAUUAUGCUGUUCAGCAUAUUGUCACUAAACUCACUCCAGCUCGGAAAAGAAGAGUAGCAAUGCUUGUGGAAGCUUUUGAAGCCGUUGUUCCGCUGCCUGAAGUUUAAAAUCAAGAGAGGUGCAAUGAAGCUUAAACUCAAGCAUUACCUGUUCCAGAUUGGCUGAUACCAUUAGCAAAGGUAAGCACAAUGAACAGAAUUUUACGUAUCUAGUUAUUUAUUUUAGGCCAAGGCAAGCAGAGGAAAUUUCCUACAGAAAAAUGACAGUCUUUGUGGAACAAGUAUAUUAUGGCUCAUGUUAUCAUUAUAAAGGUAGCUAUGUAGCAAUUUGAUGCAAAUCAUAGCAAUCCAGAUUAUAAUGUUUCACAUGUUAAAUAUAGUUGUCAAAACAGUUCAAAGUUUGUGCAAUUAUAAAUUUUGUAAGACUAUGGCAUAGGGGUGUUUUCAGAUGUUUUUCUACUAUAGAGGGCAGUGUGUAGCUACUUCAAGAUGACAAUAUUAUCUAUUAUACACGAGUGUUGAUAAUGCGUGUACUUUAGAAGUUGAUGAAAUUUAUUGUAAUUGGUCUUUUGAGAA